GAGCAGCUGAAGCCUGGAUGUCACUUUAAAAGAUGAACAAGAGGCCUUGAAAUCCAUCAUGAAGGACCUGGUAGCACUCCAGAUGAGCCGACGUCACAGACUGACUGGAUAUGAUACCAUGAAGAAUAAAGACACUGCUCACUCCAACAAACAGAAAAAACACAAUGCCAGCAGUCCACCCCUCUUGGGCAGCCCUGCAAUAACAAACCAGUGUGCCUCUGCAGUGGAAGACAAAAAAAUUCCGAAUGAUGUAAGGAUAAAGUUUGAACAUAACGGCGAAAGACGAAUUAUCCCAUUUGUCCGUCCCGUGCGCUAUGAAGACGUGCAACAGAAAGUGAAAACAGCCUUUGGCCAGCCACUGGACCUCCACUACAUGAACAACGAGCUAUCUAUUCCUUUGAAAAAUCAAGAUGACCUGGAUAAAGCAGUAGAUCUCUUAGACCGAAGCUCUAAUGUGAAAAGCCUUAGAAUAUUAUUGCUGUCUCAGGACAGAAACCAUACCAGUUCUUCACCCCAUUCUGGACUGCCCAAACAAGUCAGGAUUAAAACUUCCCAAUCUGUGGGGGAUGUGAGCACACCCUAUCAGCAGCCAGAACCCAGAAGUAGGCAUCUGUCUGUCAGUUCCCAGAACACAGGCCGAAGUUCACCACCUCCUGGGUAUGUUCCAGAGAGGCAACAGCGCAUUGCUCGGCAGGGUUCCUACACCAGCAUAAAUAGCGAAGGCGAAUUCAUCCCAGAAACCAAUGAACAGUGUAUGCUGGACCCUUUAAGCAGUGCUGAAAACUCGGUGUCAGGAAGCUGUCAGUCCUUGGACAGGUCAGCAGACAGUCCUUCUUUUCGGAAGUCAAGGAUGUCAAGGGCACAAAGCUUUCCUGAUAAUAGACAGGAGUUCUCAGACCGUGAGAAUCAGAUCUAUGACAAAGCGGGGAAAGGUGGGACUUACCCUCGGCGCUACAAUGUCUCCAUGCAACACAAAGACUACAACGAUGGCCGGAGGACAUUUCCCCGGAUACGGCGUCACCAAGGGAAUCUUUUCACCUUGGUCCCUUCAAGUCGUUCCUUAAGCACCAACGGAGAAAACCUGGGCCUGGCAUUGCAGUACCUGGACCCCCGGGGGCGCCUGCGGAGUGCUGACAGUGAAAAUGCCCUUGGUGUCCAGGAGAGGAACAUUCCCACCAAAUCUCCGAGUGCUCCAAUAAACUGGCGACGAGGAAAACUGCUGGGCCAGGGUGCCUUUGGUCGUGUGUAUUUGUGCUAUGAUGUGGACACGGGCAGAGAGCUUGCAGCUAAGCAGGUCCAGUUUGAUCCAGAGAGUCCUGAAACAAGCAAGGAAGUGAGUGCCCUGGAGUGUGAAAUUCAGCUGCUGAAGAAUCUCCAGCACGAACGUAUUGUUCAGUAUUACGGCUGCUUACGGGAUCGAGCAGAGAAGACAUUAACCAUCUUCAUGGAGUACAUGCCAGGGGGGUCAGUGAAAGACCAGCUGAAGGCGUAUGGCGCUCUCACGGAAAAUGUAACCCGGAAAUACACUCGCCAGAUUCUUGAGGGAGUCUCGUACCUUCACAGCAACAUGAUUGUGCACAGGGACAUAAAGGGAGCCAAUAUUCUCCGUGACUCUGCUGGGAAUGUGAAGCUUGGGGACUUUGGGGCCAGCAAACGGCUGCAGACAAUCUGUAUGUCUGGAACAGGCAUCCGCUCUGUCACUGGCACGCCAUAUUGGAUGAGCCCAGAGGUGAUCAGCGGAGAAGGCUAUGGAAGAAAAGCGGAUGUAUGGAGCCUCGGGUGUACUGUUGUGGAAAUGCUGACAGAGAAACCACCCUGGGCAGAGUACGAAGCCAUGGCAGCCAUUUUCAAAAUCGCCACCCAACCAACCAACCCCCAGCUCCCCUCCCACAUAUCAGAACAUUGCCGGGACUUUCUAAAGCAGAUCUUUGUGGAAGCCAGGCACAGACCCUCUGCUGAAGAGCUGCUCAGACAUCAGUUUGCACAGCUCCAGUACUGAAUUACCUCCCUUGCUAGCAGCUCCUGCUGGGCUUUCAGUGCCCCGUCUGGUCUAGUUGCAACUGCCCGUUGUGGUGCUGCAUCUUCAAAAUGCCAACUCAGCUGUCCUAGUCCUUUGGGGAAAUUAUGCCAAGGAACCUAGGGUCUGCUCUUGUGCCUGAUACCUUUGUUUGCUGGACUAAUGUUUAUUCUACCGACAGCUGUCUAAACAGAGCUGCAUUUUUUGCCCUAGUUACCUUGAUGUGAGAUUGCAGCUGGCUGCAUGUUUUCUGUAGGCCCAAGAAUGGGAAUAUAAGAAGUGUCUCAUUGAACAUAGAAGAAAUCUGAACCAAGGUGGGAACUGGAAGAGCUACACUCUUCAGAACAGAAACGUGCAACAGCCAUCCAGACCAGCUCUCUACGUGUGGGUCGCUGUUGUCCAGACUGCUAGGGCUUUAGAGGCAUCUAUAGUACAUGAAUCCAGCAAAAAGCCAUGUGUCAUUGAGCAUGCGCUCGCUAUAUAAUUAUAUAUUUUUCUUCUUAAGUAUUCAGCAUCUGAAGGUGUUCAGAAAAUAUUGAUUCAAAAGUAUGUGAAUAGUGUUAUUUUAUAAUGAAACCAUGGAUUUUGGGAUGGGGGUGAGGGAGGUCUUUCUAGCUAAAUGUCAGGAUAAUCAGAAAAGUUUCAGCAGAAUGCAGUCACUCCAGGGCCUAAGAUAAGGGCUCUCCCACUGAUGUUAGAAAAUCCAGAGCUUGAUUUCCAAGGCUUGAUCUGUCCUAGCAUUAAGACAGUGUCGGUUAGUUUGUGUCCUCAAUAGCCAACAAAUCUGUGCUCCUGCUUCAUCUCCCUGGGACUGCUGGGUCUAAACAAAACCCUUCUCGAAGGGAGUUCUGCAGAACAGCUUUCUGUUGCACCUAUUUUUUUGGCUGGUAACUUUUUACCAUCCUUUAAACCAAAGAUGGUUCAUCUGGUGCCCAGGAAUUUACUUCAGGAAAAGCUUAUGUGUUUCUUUGAGGACGUGGCCUAAUGGAAAAUCGAGUUUUUCAUGGGGAGAAUUUGCUGGACACUAGUUUUACUUGUGCACAGUAAGUUAGAAUCAAGCUCGACCCUUCAGUGUGUGUGUUUUGUUUUACAGGUGCGCAAGUGUUCAUUUAAGAUUUCCAUAAAAUGUUAUGGCCCUAUUUAAAUAAGCUUUUGUACGAGUUAAGUCAAACAGUGAACCAGAGAGAACAUUUGUAAUGCUAGCAUAUUUUUUAAAUUAACUGGAGAUUCCCAUGCAGGUACCAGCAAAAUGCAUCCAAGUGUUUUUGCCUUUGAAAGGUACCACGUCUCUGAGAACUGAGUUCCUGAUGGCUUACUGGCCUCAAAUACUGUAUGUUGAUUGGGGCACUAAUAGUCCUUACUUUACUCAUAAAAGACUAGCAGUUUUUAAGUGCUGGGGAUUCAUGGAGUAAUUAUAAGUUAUCUGUGUGAAAUUAAACUAAGAAAAGCAAAUGUAUUAUUAGCUAAAAUACUGUUCUAUAGAGCAACGCUAAAGUUGUUCUGCUCUUGUAUUGGAAACCGUAUUAAGGCUCCACAUACCUCCACUCUUCUCCCCCAUAAAAACUUGAAAAUUGCUUUCAUAAUGCAGUAAAAUUAACAGCUUUUAAGUGAAUGCUAAUAGCAGGAUAAGGCAAGUUUUAAUGAAACCAAGCUCCUUGAACACAUGAGAAAUAUUGUGUUGAAUUAAAAGAGGAAAAAAAGAACCCUAAAAAACCCCAAACGACCAAAAGCCCUGAAAGAGUUUAACAAUCUGAAGUUUUUUCUGUGCCAAACUCAGAGCAAUGUGUAAUCAGUGAAAGCAAGCUAAUGGUUUCACUUUCAGGCUCUCCUGCACUACUACAAAGAUGCACUGUUGAGGUUGCAGGCACUUAGGGGGAUAUCUUUUA